CUUAGCGGUACACCAGCAACCGUUUCCGGGUUCAUGCUGACACGCAAGAGGUUUGAGAUUAAUCUAUGAAAUCAUAAUUUUUGUUUAGAACUGUGUUCCUCCGUUGAAGGGAGAUAUUCUACGUGUAUUUUUGUAGGACACUGCUCUUGCUCAAGCCGCUCUUGGUUCAGUGCUUCGUGUUAGCUGAACAUGUCUGCCGAGGAAGCGGACAAAACAACCACUACUGAUGCCAGCGCUGGAGAUGAAGAGGAGGAAUGGCUGUAUGGAGAUGAGUCUGAGAGUAAAGACGAAGAUGAAGAAGCCAAACUGAAUGCUGCAGUCAGUGCAUCUGUUGAUGCUUCCACAGAGGAUGCUGCUGCAAAUGCUACAGGAAAUGGCGUGGUCCCCGAGGCUACAGAUGAAGCCAAGGGUGAGGAUGUGGAGAGUGACAGUGACAGUGAUGAUGAUGACGAUGAUGUCCGUGUCACAAUUGGAGACAUAAAAACAGGAGCACCACAAUACACGUAAGUUGGGCAUUAAUCUGUAAAUCUCAACAUAAAGACGACAGGCUCCAGACCUUAUGGGCAAGGUAUCACAGCUACAAAGCUGAAGGGGGUGGAUCUAGAUACUCCUGGAAACAUUAAUGGGGUUCCAGUGAUGGAGGUGGAUAUGGAGUCCUUUGAAGAGAAACCCUGGAGGAAGCCAGGAGCGGAUCUGUCAGACUACUUUAACUACGGCUUCAAUGAAGAUACAUGGAAGGCUUACUGUGAAAAACAGAAGAGGCUGCGUAUGGGUCUGGAGGUUUCUACAGUCGGCUCAGUGACAAGCAAGAUCACCGUUCAACAGGGCAGGACAGGUAACGAGAAGGACAUCUCCAUUUUGCCAGUUCACACGUCAAAGCCCGAGUUCACAUCUCCUGUUAGCCUGUACAAGUCUGUCAUCAGUCAGGUCACCAGGAAGGCAAUUGGUACCAUAGAUGUGAUUGGUGGGCAGACAGCCACCAUAAGCAGGGUUGAAGGGCGACGCAGACACAACGUGGAAGGCAAUAAUAUCCAGGUGAUCUCUGAACACUCCACAACAGAGGCUGAACCCACCCCAGCUAAGAUACCCACCUUCUUCCCCCCAGGGCCACUUCCUCCAAACAUACCCCCACCUCCAUUCCUCCCUCCGCCACCUAAUGUUAGCACUGCGCCUCCACAUAUCCCCCCACCCAGGUUGCCCAUUACUGUUCCUCCUCCUGGUUUUCCUCCUCCACCUAGUGGGCCUCCUCCUGCUAUUAUCCCCCCGCUGGACAGUGGCCACCCUGGAGGUUAUGAUGGACGGUCUGUCCCUCCAUACCCGUUUCCUCAAGGUGCAUACCCUCCACCAAUGGCUGGAGGUGUGCCUCCUCCAUGGCCCCAGAUGAUUGACACCUCUAAGCCCUGGGACUAUUACUCCCGUCGAGAUGACAAGAGAGAGAAAGACAGAGAAAGACCCAGAGAAAGGACGCAUGAGCGGGAGAGAGAGAGGGAGCACAGUCCAUCAGCUAUGAGCUACACCAGUGAUGAGGAGCGGUAUCGUUACCGCGAGUAUCAGGAGCGUGGUUACGGAGAGCGUCAUCGUGACCGGGCGAGCCGAGAGAAAGAGGACAGACACAGAGAGAGGCGGCAUCGAGAGAAAGAAGAGGGGGGACGCCACAAGUCCUCCCGCAGCAGUAGCAGAAGGAGGCACGACAGCGAGGAGGGCGACAGCCACCGGAGGCACAAGCACAAGAAAAGCAAGAGGAGCAAGGAAGGCAAAGAGGCUAGCGAGGAGAUCAGUGCCGACCAAGAGAACCAGGAAACCAUGGAGUAGUGAUGUCCACCGCCCAUCUUUCCCCUGUCUGUCCGUCUCCUUUCCUGUCUGUCUCCCAGAGAAAGAAGGAGAGAGAGGAGAUGAGCAUAGAUCAAAACCAGAAAGUCCCGGUGUGAUCGAUGUGUCCUGUCACUCCCCUCCCCACUUCAUCCUCCUCCAUCCUGCUGUUGCUCAUCCUCACCAUCACUUCAGAGGAGGUGGCAAAGGUGGGAUGGUUGUCUUCUUACUUUAUCAAUCUUUCCACCACUGGCUGACCUCAGGCAGAGCAUCGAUAUGUUCUUCACCUCUUUAUCUCAGCCCAUCUGUCAGAGCACUGAGGUUUCACUGUAUAGUCAGGGUGAUCAGCAGCAGAAUCUGUUUGUCUUUUUGUUCUUGUCCUGUAUGAAGACAGUUAUAGAAAGCUGUCAGUUUAAGUUCAAUUAAAAUAAAACACUUUUGAUAAAA